AUGCAGGUUUGUUAUUGGGUGCUGAUUCUCAACUCUGGAGUUCUCUAAAACUCUGGUCAAACUGUUAUCAAAUGCAGAGCAAGUUGGAGGGAGGCCAGUGAAGCAUCCAGAGUGUGGAAUGGAGAAACAGAGAGGCACCAGGAGAGGAAAAGUAAAGAGACAGAGGUGGGAGGCAUAAGCACCACCUACCGUCACAAGCUGUGCACAUGCAGAAGGAGAGCUGAAAAGUUGGUCACUGGUGGAGAAAACUGCUUAUUUUGCAAACAGGGAAGCAAAGAAUUCCACUUAAUUUCACCAUGUAAACAGUUGGAUUGCUGA